GGGGAGGGGACGUACGGAACGGUAUUCAAAGGCAAGCACCGGGAGACCGGCGAAGUGGUCGCUCUUAAGCGGGUCCGACUGGACGACGAUGACGAGGGCGUCCCUUCCAGUGCGCUCCGGGAGAUAUGUCUACUCAAAGAGCUUAAGCACAAGAAUAUCGUCAGAUUACAUGACGUCCUCCACAGCGAGAAGAAGUUGACGCUUGUCUUCGAGCACUGCGAUCAAGACCUCAAGAAAUACUUUGAUAGUCUGAACGGCGAGAUCGACGCCGAUGUGGUCAAGAGUUUUAUGUAUCAACUGUUGAGAGGACUG